AUGCGUGUACAUCCUGGCUUGGAAAUGGAUGCAGUGUCUUUGAUCCGCGAGGAAAUUGUUCGUCUUCGCGAGGAGACCGAGCGGAGCUCUUGCCUUUCGGAUGAAAGUUUGUUUCGUGACGCCCGUUCUUCCCUGCUAGGUCUCCUGAACAAAGAGUACGGCGGGUCCUAUUUCAAGUUUGUUGUUGGCUUUAUGUUGGUCCCUUUUUUUGUGCUCCUCACUGUCAUACUUCUGUACCUCUCCGCAAAGAUGCUUACUGAAUGGAUAGCGCUGAGGCGCAUAUCAGGGCGGAUGAGUUGUCAUCCUCUCAUUCGAGAGGAAAUGCACGCUCGGGAGCUGAGUCAGGCGUCGCGCCGCUCCGCCCGUCGACGCACUGCCUUUGUCGUUACAUUAAAGUGCGUGAUUGCGUCAGCUGUGUUGUUUCUCUUUGUAGGAUCACGUGUCAUGAUGGAAGUGUUGACGCGGGGGUGGAUAAAGGGUCUGUUGGUUCCCCUAAGCACCGAUGGUUCUUUUGCUGCCACCGAAGAUGACUUUGACCCGUGGCUUGAGCUUUACUCUGGAAUUGCGAUGCUCCUCAGUGUGGACUGGUUCAGGGAUAUUCAGGGUCUUCUUAUCUUCUCCCUGCUUGGUUCCAGCCUCAUGGUGGUCGGCCUGCGGCUGCUACGAUCCGCCUCGAAGGAUGUUGUGUCAAUGCGAACCGACUCCAUUUCAUCGCUGAGGCUGCUGCAGAAGAUUGAUGAUAGGCAAAGGGAACGAGGACAGGAGAUCAUGCGGAGGCAAAUGGCGAGUCUCAUAUCCAUGUUGGCGGAACAAGCAGCGUCGCGUCCAGAAGUUCCAAGGAAUGGCAACGUUGUGCCACCAUUGUCGGUGGUGGAGAAUGGAGGGAACUCAUCGGGGGAAGAAGAGGCAAACGGGACUUCCGCGGAGACUAAUAGAGAGGAAUGA